AUGUUCCACGGCAGCCACUCCCCCAGAGUGGAGAACAUGGAGGCACGCAGCAGUGUACCGGCUCCCAGCCGCGCAACCGAGGCCGCUCAAAUUGCUGGGUCAGCAGUUUUUCAACCUCCAUUGCGAGUCCUCCGAUGUCAGCCCAUCCCUCACCUCUCACCGCCGCUGUGGCCGCGGCCGAGGUUUCCUGACGCGCCUACAACGACUGCACGUACCCCAGGGCAUCACAAGCCGUCGCCCUCUCCACUACAUCAGCUGAUUAAUCUUGCCAAGGAGGAGCUGGUGGAGAUCAACGCCGGGGGUCGGGGCGGCGUGCAGCUGGUGAUGGACAAGAACUCGGGCACCAGCUGGUUCCUGGUCACCCACGCCACCUGGAGGGACGCCGGGAACUACACGUGCGCGCCCGUGCACGCCACGCCCGCCUCGGUGUCCGUCCACGUGCUCGACGGCGGGAGGCUGGCCAUGUGUGUGCACGUGACACGUUCAAACUUGUCCUUUCCGUCACAGCACUUUACCCAGGCCGCUGCCGCUGGAAGCAUUCGGCUGCUGCAGCGCCUGCCAUUAAGCAGCCAAGUGCAGGUCCAGUGUGAGUCCAAUCGUGUCAGGUGA